AUGCUCUAUUCAACAUUCUUACUUCUUCUCAUAGCAUCAAAUCUCAUUGUAGUUCAUUCGCAAUCAUGGGCUGGUGUUUAUACAGCUGGAACAGCAUGUGAUGAUACACCUUGUUGUUGCUUUGUUGGACAAGUUGUAUUAACAAAUACUUCAGCAAACACAUAUACAGUUAACUCUCCUGUGAGUGGCAGUGACUGCAAUGGUAUCACUACAUAUUCGGGCUACCUUCAUACAAGUGGAUAUGAAGGAUGGAUGAUUCUAUUUUCUACAAAUACUUCUGUCAUUCUCCAUUCUGAUAGUAGCUAUGUUACUGUAAAAAAUUGGGACCAUCCAUUCUGUAGUGUUUUAGGAGUGAAAAAUGGAAUCGCCAAAUUAGAUAUUAACACUUUAAAUUUGUUUGUCGUAGCCUCGAUUGGCAUGGUGAUGAGCAUUACAAAGUUUUAA